AUGGCUCCAGAUGGCAGGCCGACCUACAUCAGGGUCAACAAGAAACACCUUCUGCCCGAGACACUUGAUGCAUAUAAUUUGCCCUGGGAAUGGUUCGACGAGGAUAGGGAAUAUUUGGUCAUCAAGAAGUAUAUCGACGAUGAUCUUCUAGAAGAGCUUUUCCAACACACACGCGACUUGAAGGCGCCGAAACCUCUCAUUGACCGAGGGACCCUCAGACCUUCAAGGCCUUACCGCGGUGAUGGUUACUCGAGGCCCAGGGAUGACGACAAUAAUCUCCUCAAUCUUGAAGUCAACUUGGAGGAUGAAGAGACGUUUCGAAUGCCGACCAUGACUUUCCGAAACACUGGCGAGCUGUUGGAGGAUUACAAUGACCUUCGACGACGAUACAAGUUUGGGUCGUUGACAAGAGCGAGCGUUAUGAGUGCCCGACAACACUGGGAUCGAGAGGACUGCCCCGGGGUUGCGUUUGAUUAUUUUGAUGCGGUCUCCAAUGCUCUAGACAGUCAGUUUCGUUGGAUACACGGACAGACCAGAGUGCUGAGCUUGGACUCGUUUCAACUAUUUCUAUCUCGUCUACCAGAACUUGAUGAAGACGAAAUUGCUUUGGCCACGAAACUGCUUCGCCAGAUUAAGCAGAAAUUUGAGCCAAACAACACUCCCAGCAGACGGUUGGCUCCAGUGGUGCGACGAGCGGAUGGCGAGAAAGGUAGAGACGAGACCAAGUGGGUCACUUUUCUGAACAUGCCAUACCUGUCGACACAGGAGAGCGAGAUCAGGAGACCUCUGGAUCAACAGUACUCAUUCACGCAGUCACUGGUUCAAUAUCAGUAUCCUCUCGAGGCGGCCAUCGAGCCAGACCGCCAACAGCUAAACUAUUCGAUCCGCAAAGCCUAUCCCGCUCGACGGGUGCAUGUACCAAUGUUUUGGGCGCUUCUCACAAGCUCGGGUGAGUGCCAAUUUUACUUGAGCACACUCCCUUAUAUGGUCCGUCUCAAUUGGUCCCGCUCAACCUCAGACGGAAGCUCACAAGGUGCAUGGUCUGCUAAGGAACUCUGA